GCAAAUCUGGGUCGUCGUUGAGCGCGGCGUAGGAACAAUAUUGUUCCUUAAUUUUGCAGUGUUUUGUGUUGGAACAUCUAUAAUGCGGUAAUCCUGUAUGUAUCAGUCAUCAUGAGUUGGGAGAAAAGAAUGCUGAGUAUACCACCAAGGUGGCUCCACUGCCCGAGGAAAGGAAACCCCAUUGCUGGUAAAUUUCUGCCUUUUAAGACUCCCCUGAAUGCCAAAUACAAUGACCAGAUCCCAGACGAAUGUCGAUUCAACAUCAGUAUGCUGUUUAGAUCCUUGAAGAUGUAUAAUGUAAAGAUGGGACUUUUGAUAGAUCUGACAAACACCAAGAGGUUCUAUGAUCAGAAAGAGGUGGAGGAAAACGACUGUGUUUAUGUAAAGUUACAAUGCCGAGGCCAUGGAGAAGCUCCGUCAGCUGAAACCACGAAGGCUUUUAUGGCACUGUGUGAAAAAUUCAUCCAACAGAAACCAUUAGAAAUAAUUGGUGUUCAUUGUACUCAUGGCUUUAACAGGACUGGCUUCCUCAUCUCUGCCUAUCUAGUGGAAAAGUUCAACUGGAGCAUAGAGGCAGCAGUAAGAGCUUUCUCAGAGUCACGUCCACCAGGAAUCUACAAACAAGAUUAUCUUGAGGAAAUUUUCCGUCUCUAUGGUGAUGUGGAGGACACACCUUCUGCUCCACCCCUACCUGACUGGUGCACAGAAUCUGACGAUACAGUGGAUGAUGAUGGGAAUUCUGUAGCCGAGGAGAAUUCAGUGUCUGAGGAUGGAACUGGUCCAGAUGGCCACAGAAAGCGACGGAAGAAAGAAGUAGUGAAGAAGAAUGCAGUGUUUAUGGAGGGUGUAGAGGGGGUCCCCCAGGUAACGAUGCAACCAAAGCUCUCUCAGAUACAGAGGAAAGUCCAGCAGAUGUGUGACUGGAGAGGAUCUGGCUUUCCAGGGGCUCAACCUGUGUCUAUGGACAGGGGAAAUCUGGAGAAAAUCAAAACCAAACCAUACAAAGUUAGCUGGAAGGCAGAUGGCGUGCGCUACCUCAUGUUGAUAGAUGGUCUCCAGGAUGUGUACAUGCUGGACAGGGACAACACUGUCUUUCAAGUUCCGAAUGUGGAGUUUCCAAAGAGGAAAGAUCUCAACUCACACUUACACAAUACAUUGGUAGAUGGGGAGAUGAUCCUUGACAAAGUGGAAGACAAAAAUGUUCCCCGCUUUUUGGUUUAUGACAUCAUCAAAUUUGAGGGUCUAGAUGUAGGAGGCACAGACUUUGAACGACGUCUUCUCUGCAUCCAGAAAGAGAUCAUUGGGCCACGAUAUGCAAAGAUGCAGAAAGGUUUGCUGGACAAGUCACGCGAGACAUUCAGUGUCCGUGCAAAACCCUUCUGGGAUGUCAGUCUGUCACGGAAGCUUCUAGAUGGAAGUUUUGCCAAAGAAGUCAGCCAUGAAGUGGAUGGUUUGAUUUUUCAACCUGUCAAAGAGUCGUAUGUUCCUGGCAGAUGCUCAGACAUGCUGAAAUGGAAACCGCCAACUCUUAACUCGGUGGACUUCAAGUUACAGAUACGGAAAGAGUCAAGACUUGGUAUGCUUCCCGUCACCAGAGGGCUGUUAUUUGUGGGAGGACUUGACCAGCCGUUUUCAGAGAUGAAGGUUACAAAAGACAUGAAGGAAUUAGAGAACAAGAUCAUUGAGUGUUCCUGGGAUGGGAAGACGUGGCAAUUCAUGAGAGUCAGGACUGACAAGUCCUUCCCUAACAGCUACACAACUGCGAAAGGUGUGUGUGAGAGCAUCAUGAAUCCUGUGACAAAGGAGAUUUUGUUUGACACUGUGGAGAACUUAGCCUUUAAAGCUCCCCAUCCCCCAGGGCAACAGGCUCAGGGUCACCACGGAGCUCCCAGGUGACAGGUGUGUGAGUUGGGUGUGGCUGGGGAACUCCGCUGAGAGAAAGGUGUGACACCGUACACUGCGCUGUAAGGCUUGUGUGACACAGGUGUCAAAUAUGAUAUUAACGUAACAUGCUUGUGAGGCAGGUUUGGCUGUGAUAUUUCACAAUGACGCAUGAGUGACACCAGACACCGCACUGUACUGGACUAGGUGUGAAACAUGAUAUUGACACGACAGACUUGUGAGAUGGUUUCUGCUGGGAAACUGCGUGACGCCAAACACCACAGUGUAAGACUGUGAUACAGGUGUCAAACAUGGUAUCAACAUGACAAGAUUGUGAGUCGUAUUCACAUGAAACACCCUUAGAAGGGUCAUGACACCAGAUGCCCCAUUGUACGACCUGUGUGAGACAUAGUUUGUGCUGUAGUGUCAGUCAUGGUGUCAACACGAGCAUUGGAGGUUUGCACCUUGAUGGGGAAGAGUGCUGAAUAGACUUGAGUCACUGUUUGGACAGGUGUGAUGUCAUAGUGUUGCGAUGCUCUUGAUGUGGCAAGCAGGACACACCUGACGUGGGACACGGGUCACACAGAUAUGUAGGUUUCAAGUGAAAAUAUCACAGCUUGUUAAGCACGUGAAUAUGCUCACAUUCAGAGUGUCUGUUGAAAAAGAAGUUUUCUUGUACAUACAGCCGGAUACCUGUCUGCACGUGGGGCUUUGAGGACCAUAUUUUACCUGUUGGACUGGAAACUAAGUAUGUCAGUGGUAGAAGCCUGGACAUUUUACAUGCUACAAAGACCUCACGCGCAUGGUGGAGAAAUGUGUAUAAAAAACGGCAGAAAUGUACUUGUUUUGAUACAGAUGUGAGCAUCAGACAGCAUAUUUUAUAUGGAUAACUGAUGUACAUAAGGACAUUUUCAAAAUGACGAGUGCUGUAGUCUCUGUUUAUUUGUUGAUUGAUUAAAGGAAAAGACCUGUAAAAAUCGAAGUAGGCAUCACUGAAUUGACCACUUAAAACUUUGCCUAAAUAUACUUUCAUUUAUUUUAUUUUUUUUAGAUUUUUGUGAAAGGAGCUAAGGGCGUUCAAACAUUUGAAUACUAUGUUGGGCUUUAUUGACCAUACUAUCAGAGGUUAGGAACUCUGGCAUCACAGGAAGUUUUCCCAACGCCAAGAUUACUGAAAUAAUACCAAAGUUCUCUGACCUUUUCUACCAGCAGGCGUCAAGGCACAGCUGUGUACCAGAUCGUGAAAUUUGCCACUUUUACAUCGAAUGAGCGAAACUUAAAACGGCAUCGCAAUGGUGGGGCUGGCGAUUAUUUCUUCGCCUCGGCCGAUGGCUAGACAGAUAUUGCCACGGGAGUGCGGUUUACAUGCUUGGCGAGAUGAAAGUAGUCGAGUGGGUACAGGCUUGGCAACACUUUUAUUUUUAUCCAUGCAUUUAAACGAAGGAAGUAUCAAGCCACAGUUGUUCACGAACCUGUAAAUUCCGAAACGGUCUCAAAGCAUGUCAAAAAGGCAAGCUAAUGACUGCUUCUCCGGCUGUCAGUCAUGGUGGAUGCAUAAUACGGGGAGCAGUGUUGUCUGUUCACAGUUCAAUAAAUUAAUGUAACAAAAUCAGCAUUCAAAUGUAUUUCAGCGAUAAAGACGUGACUGACCAGUA